GAUCUCAGAACACAGGAGAUAAACACGCUGGCUCUGCCGGGGCGUGCCCACACACAAAAGCUGCGUGCGGGACGGACACGACUCUCACAACCACAAUGCGAUGCGCUCCCUGCCUCCCAGACUCACUUCACGGUUUAAGAACGCAGGCGGCGGAGCACUUGACUGAAGCUGGACACCUGAGACACAAUACCACCGGGAGCGACGGUUUAACUGGGCUUCCCCUGCACCGUUUUACAUUUUACAUUUAUUUUUUAUUUUUUUUUCCAUCACCCGUGCCUGGAAUAAAAACCAACGCACACCACCGGCAAUGUGGUUAUUUCUCUGCUCCUGACAGGGAAUUUUAGAGGGUUUAUGCUUUGUUUGUGCUUGCCCUUUCAGGAAUUUUUGUCUCGGCCCUGAAGGGGGACAGUGUGCGUUUUCCCUAACACUUGGGUUUGGAAUUUAAAAGCGGGGCUACAAGCUGAACUGCAGAGAGAGAGACUGCCUCGCUCCACCGGCGUGACGGCCAAUCCGACAGGCAGAGCAGCACGCCGCACGCGGACGCGCGUUGCUGACGCACCGGCCGCAGUCGUCCAGCCCCUGUGAAUGAGAGAGGGCCUGUCGCCGGCGGAGCCGGAGAAACGGCCCAGGACGCAGGGCGCCUGCCGCGUCGAAGGCCGUUCGCUUGCCGCGGCUGAUUUCCUCGGAGCCCCGGUCGUCGAGGCUCGCGGUCAUGGCCCUCGGACCCCUGCAGCUGAUGCGCACCCUGCGCAACUCCCCCGCCGCCCUGCGCCGCAAGUUCGGCCGCGACCGGACUGAGAGCCUGUCGCACGGAGACCCGCUCUUCAAGGUGCACUACCUGGGCAUGGAGAAGAUCUACUCCCUGGACCUGGAGCAGGCCGAGGAGGCCAUCGCGCGGCUGCUGGAGGGGGCGCCGGGCAAGAUGGGGAAGGACCACGCGCUGGUGGUGCGCCCGCGCUACGUGGAGGUGAAGGAGAUCUCCACCGGCCGGCAGCUGACCAAGACCUACCUGCAGGACAUCGCCUACUGCGCCGCCGACACCACCCACCCCAACGUCUUCCUCUACAUCUGCAAGCACCGGGCCCAGCAGCUGCAGUGCCGCGUCUUCUGGUGCAGCCGGGCCGAACGGGCGCGAGACAUGACGGCCUGCCUGGCCAAGUCCUUCCAGAAGGCGCUGUGCGACUGGCAGGAGGCGGAGGGAGCGGCGCCAUUGGCCACUGCCCAGGAGGGAGGGGCCGAUGGGGCGGGGUCUCUCGCGACCCCGCCCCCUGAUGGGAGGAGCUCCACACUGCCAGCAAACUUCGGGAAAGCCAGUUCGCUGGAAGAAGAGGACCCAGGCCUCGCACACGCCCUUCAAAGCCUUCGCCAGGAAGAUGGCGGCGGGAGACCGGCGCUCCUGGACGUGAGGCGAGGCCGGCACGGGCCUGGCGCCCACCGCCUCGGGCUGGCGCUGGUCGCCCGCAGCUGAGUGACCGGUGGGACUGGAGGGGGGUGGGAGGGAGGCGCCGAGAGGGAUGGACGGGGAGCCGGAAGAGCCGUGGACACCUGCACAGUCCACACACAAACGCCUCCAGCCACCUCUGCCUGACUUUGUGGGACAAGCUUUUUUUUUUAAAAAAAAAAAGAAUUUUACAUUUUGUUUUCUCUCCAUAUUGUUUUUACGCCGAGUGUUAAAGCUACAAACGCAAGUUGGUCUGUGUUUCUGGGACGGGGGAGAGGAGGAUAAAUAGAGGUACGGUGCCCCAAACCAAAACGGAUCUCCGAUCUCCUCGGGAAGAUGGAGUGAGAGAGAGAGAGAGGGAAACUCUGGGGUCCCUUUCCGUCCUCCCCGAGAAGUCCCGUGUCCCAGACACCGCCGGAACCUCUAUCGAAAUGGAGUCGCUGGAUCCAGUUCACUUUCCUGUCGCUUUCUUUGGGAAAGCCCCGGGGGGCUGCCGGUCUCCACACGUCCUGUUACAGCUGCUCGUUCUACAGCCGCCAGUGUGGGUGCCCCCCUCUUUUUCCUUGGGUGAGGGGGCUCGACAGUUCGCUCGCGAGCUCCUGGUGCACGUCGGGGCUUGCUGCCAUUCCUCGCGCGUUUCGUCUCCACAGGCUUCCCCGCUCCUGCAAUGUCUGUGGCGUGUUUUAGAGCUGCUGGGAGAGACGACUAACGCAGUUCUCCCGCUGUCGGGGCCCAGUGCAAGAGGACUCCCCGGCAGCUCCGUGCUGUCCGGCCGGAGUGCGCCGCCUCAUGGCGCCUUGCCCCACUGACGCGCAGUUCCCCAGAGUUUCCGUUUCGUGAAUAACGAACGGCUCCGUGGGUGGCUUUUAAAAAAAAAAACCCGAAUCACCCGUUAAUCUGCCCGUGAUGUUCAGAGCCGCCCCACGGGCACCUCAAGCGCACGUUUGAUGUUCGAUGUUCAGGCCCCUCUCUUUCUUCACCGCUUGUCUUUCCGAAGCUACAACCGAUAGAAUUAGUCGAAACGUAUAAGUUCGUUGAAACGGUCAAUGAAGGUCACAGCCCGUCUUGAGCGCAGCCCCCAUCCUCCCUCAGACAGGACCGUCUUGUAGGGAGCGAGGCAGAAGGCCGGGUACAGGGAAUAGCUCUGUGGAACUGACGCAUUGUCAUUACCUCCUCCUCUCUGACCCCCCCAAAACCCUUGGCCCUUCGCGCAUGUGUGUGGGGGAGGGCGAGGGCGCUCUGAAGUGCACAAAGUGGAAUUCUCAAAAAAAAAAAUAAUAAUAAUUAAAUCUCCCCUCCUCAAAGAAUCACAGAAUGUACCCUGGCAGCUUUUAAAAAACAUUUAUCUUUGGCUUCUUGACCAAAGCAGUUGGGCACAAGUUCAGUUAUUUUCAGGACAGGCCUGUUUUUUUUUUUUUUUUGUUCAUGGUGGCACUCUGGAAUGCAGCAGUUCUGGUAUUUUUUUUUUGUUGUUGUUGUUUCUUGUCUUACCACAGUGUUUGCUGUUAUGUAACCCAAUACGUUCUCUCCUGUCAAGCUGGGAAGGAGGGAGGGGGAUGGGGAGGGGGCGCUGUUCUCUAGUCCAGUGACGCCUCCAGGAAACACUUCAGUAGCGUGAUCUCCUCAUGCGCGAUGGGUUCGGGAAUCGACUUGAGCCCCUCGUGAUGCCCGACUCUGGGACGGGAGUUUUAGCUUCGCGCCACGAACUCGAACAGGAACUCGCGGUGUCGAAUAUUCGGCCACACGCGGCUGAGAGCCCGGCGGAGGCAGCCGGCCCCGGGCGCCGCAGGGAACGGAGCACGCCCAGUCAGCGGCCAUCGGGACCGGCUGUGUGCCAAGGAGCCAGUCGGCGCUGUCCUGCUCCAGGGAUCUCACAGGCAAAUGAGACCGCUCAUCGGCCGAAAGGCACCGCUAAGGAAACGCCUCAUCCGGUUCGCUUCCCAAAUCCAGCGGCCUGUUUGCCAGCUUCCCCCUUUCCUUAACCCCGGCCGCACCCCCAGCGCGGCGGACAGCUGGGCUCGGACCUGUGGUUGGGAUUCUUGAUGUCGAGAGCGGCGGAGACAUUGCUUUCCACCUCGCGUUGCGGCAUGGGGUGCCAAACUCUAGACCCCUCAAAAUGCACCAAGCAUGUUCUUAUCGGGCCAAAACAAAUUCAACAGCUCUCCCCUCCCACUGGAUUGGGGAUUCCUGAAUGCGCGUGUCUGUAUGUGCAUUUCAUGCCAAGUUCUAAAGUGAUCAGUUAAAUCUCUUUCUGGUGUUUUGUUCAGUGUUCUGUUCUUUGGCAGGUAGAUAAUCGAAGUGUCAUUAGUUCUGCUGUUACAAAAAAAACAUCAAAUGCAGUCCUGGAAACUUUUCCUGUUUGCUUCAGAGCUGAUGGUAAAGCAGUGACCUCUGCUGGUCAAGAUAAACACUGCGGGUUCCUUGUGUGUAUUGUAUAUGCCCUGCUUGUUCUGUGGUUUUAUCACCUAAGUGCUGCCACCUGCCGUCGGGAACGUAUACUGCAUAUAUACGCUAUGUUGAAAGGUUCAGCUUGAAUUUAGGGGGAAUUUAAGAAUUUCUUAAUUCUCCAAUGUUACCAAUGUCAAUGUCUGGACUAUGUUCAGAAAAGGCGUCUUUUAAUUUAUUUUGCAUUUAGUAUUAAAGGUAUCCUUAAGUAAAUGGGACGAUUCCUGUUUCUUGGGAAGAAAAGUCACCUGUUAUUUUUAUUUUGAAUAGUUUUUUUAUAUAUAUUUGAAUGUAUUUUAUGGAAUAUUAAAGUCUUAUGAUUUUAUA